AUGCGUUUUGAAAGCGAUACGGAACAGUCAGACGUGGAAUCGAUCGGGUCGCGCACUCACAUCUGCGAGACAGAGCUAGGAUCAGACGAAGAUGAAGAAGAUAUGUACUAUUCAGAUCCAAAAGGACCGUAUAUAGAUGAACCUAUUGCAGACGAGGAAUGGCUAACAGAAUACAACCGAGAACUAGAAGAAAUUGAAAGGAGAAACCAGGAGUUACAAAACCGCUUUGACAAGAUUGCCGAACCCGAGACUUGGUAAGUGUUCGCUCUAUUUCUCACCUUUUAAUUAUUAGCCUGAAAUCGUACUAAGAUCAUCACUUGCCGAUAAAAAGAAAAGGAUAAAAGUUGAAUUCUUCAACUUAAAUACUACGUUCCUUCUUUUUAAUUUCAAAGUUGCCCAUGUGGCAAUUGUACUCUUGAUCGGCUGCAAAAUCCA